AUGGCAACCACAUCGAUGCUCCACAUCAACACCGGUCAAGUCGACAAUUCCGCGGGCUCAUCUUGGUGGAAUACGGUCUUGACUUCAGACCAGGACCCUGAUUACGACGUCUCAGAGCUGGAGAUCUCGCCAGGCUUUUCUAGUCUUUCGAGUUAUGAGCAAACCGCCGACGGCGCCACAGAGUACUUCCCUUACCAGGGAUAUGAGAACGACGAACCGACUUUGGAUCUCAACAUCAAACAGGCCACAAAAGCCCAGCUAGAACGGUUUCUGACAAUCCAUUGGGAUCAGCAAGAAUGGCUUCCGCUCCAAUGGCAAGAUUCCUCGAGCACUUGCAGGACCGUCAUGGCUCAGUUGGCGCUGGCCACCAAGCUAUGGAUACGACACCGACCACACCUCCCCCUAAUCUAUCUUUGGUACCAAGACGAGGAUCCAGAUCGGUGUGGCGCCUUCGUCCGCGCCAUCCACUACCGCCGACACGGGACAGUUCCUCUGCUCACCGUCGAAAACGCGAAGCGUGCGGUUCAGAUGUUGAGGCAACAGUUUGGGCACAAGUCGAAAGUUAUGCCUUCGGCAAAACGAUUUCUGGAUGAUGCUGAGGGGUCAAGCAGCGCAGUGGUACCACAGGACGGGUUUCGAGAUGUGGAAAAAGAGGGUUAUGCGCCCUGGGCCGCAAGAUACGCGGGACAUCACCAGGACAUCUCUGCAUCUUGCUCCUCGAGAACGUAUCCACACGCCACAGAUAUCUGGGUGAGCCCACAGGAGCUUGUUUCGCCAGGUGAAGGAUCAAGUCGGGCGGGAUACUUCGUUCGUCGGGAGGCCCAUUCUUCGGGCAGUCAGCAAAUGACUGAAUGGCAUAGAUCGAUAGCCAAAUGA